AUGAGGCAGGUCUGUCUCACACGCCUUGAGGCAGGUCUGUCUCACACGCCUCUCCACGCCCUGCUCCCUCAACGCAAGCGCUUGUCUGCCCUGCACUGCUUCAAGGCCCCUCAACACUCUGCUUCUACCUCUUCUCUCCUUCACUCACCCACUCAACAUGUGUCAGCCUGUCAGGCUGUCAGUGCACUGCUGGACGAAGUGGGUCUUUCCAACGCGCCUCUCCAUGCGCUGCUACCCCAUUUGUCCCGUAACCCCCUCUCCCUUUUCCCCUUACCCCUCCCAGAUUCUGCCAGGCCGUCAUGCCAGGCCGUGAGUGCAUUACUGGACGAAGUGGGUCUCUCCAACGCGCCUCUCCACGCCCUGCUGCCCCAGCGCAAGCGCUCAGCCGCUCUGCACAGCUUCAAGGCGUCCCAAGUGCCCAUCCUGGUGGCCACAGACGUCGCCAGCAGAGGGCUGGAUAUCCCCACUGUCGACCUGGUGAUCAACUACGACAUCCCCAGUAUCGUGGUGGCCACAGACGUCGCCAGCAGAGGGCUGGACAUUCCCACUGUUGAUCUGGACAUUCCCACUGUUGAUCUGGACAUUCCCACUGUUGAUCUGGACAUUCCCACUGUUGAUCUGGACAUUCCCACUGUUGAUCUGGACAUUCCCACUGUUGAUCUGGACAUUCCCACUGUUGAUCUGGACAUUCCCACUGUUGAUCUGGACAUUCCCACUGUUGAUCUGGACAUUCCCACUGUUGAUCUGGACAUUCCCACUGUUGAUCUGGACAUUCCCACUGUUGAUCUGACAUUCCCACUGUUCACGCGGGACUAUGUGCACAGGGUUCACGCGGGACUGUUCACGCGGGACUAUGUGCACCGGGUGGGACGAACAGCCCGAGCAGGGAGGGGCGGACGAGCCAUCAGCCUGGUGACUCAGUACGACGUGCAUCUGGUGCACAGCAUCGAGAAGCUUAUUGGUCGACAGCUGGCGGAGUGCACUGAUGUGACUGAAGGCGAUGUGCUUAAAUGCAUCAGCAAGGUGUUCAAGGCACGGAGGGCGGCUCUGCUGAAGGUGUCAGAGAGCGGGUUUGAGGAGCGGGCCAAGCAGAGGGCGGAGCAGAAGAGGAAGAUUCGGGAGGAGCGAAGAGAGCGGGAGGGGGGUGAGAAGGCCAAGAAAGGCAAAUGA